AUGGCGGGUCUCGUAACCGGCGCGGCAAAAAUGCUUGCCUCUGAUCAUAUUGAAAAGUUUGCGCAUCAGUUUGAGCCAGAGGAUCCGUAUUAUGAAUAUUAUACAGAGAACGGCAAGCAAAAGCGCCGGAAACGUCAAAUACCGCCUGGACUAUCGAAGCAUGAUGAAAAAAUCUUGCACAAAAUCAAGAAGCGUGCCCAUGUGCUUGACAAAGGCUUCAAAAUGUGUGGUAUGCGAUUUGGCUGGACGUUCGUGAUCGGCCUUAUCCCUGUGGUGGGAGAUGUAACUGAUUUCCUCUUAAGUCACAAUCUUGUUGUGAAAAAGGCCGAACAAAUUGAGAAUUUCCCACCUGAGCUCUUGGCUCGAAUGAAGGCCAAUAACACGGUGUCGGCCGGCCUUGGGUUUAUUCCCUUUGUGGGUGAUAUUGUGUUGGCGACGUUCAAGACCAAUUCGCGCAAUGCUCAUAUUGUGGAAGAAUUUUUGCGCGAACGUGGGCAGGAAAACCUGAGAAAUGGCAUGGCACCAGAGCCGCCUGAAUCACGUCGUCCAUGGAUGUCAUCCUUGUUCGGCACACACCAGCAGCAUCAUGCUCAAGCUUAG